AUGACUAUCAUUCUCACAGGAAGCUGCUUCUGGAAUUGUAAGAAAGCUUUCGCAAUGGAUAAUGGUGGAGGGAGCGUAGUGACCAGAGAGCUCUGUAGUGGGUGCGGAUUGUAUAUCUUGGAAUAUGGGGCUCAAGCCAAGAACGAUUUUCGAUUCCUUACCCUCGGUUCACUAGACGACCCUACUGCGCUUCCUCCUAAAGGAGAUUUCUUCACUCAAGAUAGGUCAGAUUGGAUGCCUCAAAUCCCAAACACUUUCCAAAAAAGAGAGAUCAAGGAGUAA